CUUACCUGGCAGGGGAGAUGCCUUUAUGGUUCUUUUCUGUCGGGUGUAGGGAGCGCCCCACGGUCUCAGAUCCAGAGCAGGGGAGGUUGGCUUGUCCACCACCCUGUUUUUCUGUUUCCCUUGGUGCGCGGCGAAUUCAAUUUUUAGGAGAAGGAUGGCGGAAAUGGUGUUACUUGGUGGUUCCAACAGAAGAAUGGGAUCGGAGAGAGAAGAUGGAUCGGAAUUUGGAAGAGGAGGAGGAAGACCAGCAUCACGGAUUCCAAUUGAUGGGAGAGAGAGGAGAAACGUGGUUCGUUUUGAGCUUAAGGAAGAACAAAUGGAGAGAAAAGAGUUCAGUAUUGAGGUUUUGCAGAAGACUUUAAAGUUCAUCCCUGGUGAGAUUGAUUUUCUAUUUGCCUUUCCAGGAAAAACUACUUUUGAAGUGGUUUUUAAGACAAGAUAUUUGUAUGACAAAUGUGUGCGAACAGUAGAGAGGGAGAAAGAGGUGAACUUGAUUUUGGAUAAAUUUUUGAUCGUUCCAUUGAGUGAUAGACUUGACAAAAAAGUAAAUGUUAUUAUGUAUACAGAAAAAGUUAAAAUUCAAGAUAUUUCCACGUGGUUAUUGCAGUAUUGUGAUGUCAAGACUAGUAUGCAGAUGACGGAUGAUGACGGUAUUAAGAAUGGGCUGUAUAAAUUUGAUAUAAUUUUGAAGAAAGAGAGGGACACAGAUCGGGUGAUACACCUGCCCCCCGUUAUACAGAUAGGAGCAGUGAGAGGACAUGUGUUCUAUCCUGGCCAGCCUCAAGUGUGUAGGAGGUGUGGUAAGGAGGGUCACAAGGUUUUGGAAUGCAUAGUAGUAAAAUGUCGGAACUGUAAAGAAGAAGGACAUAGCACCAGGGAAUGUAGAAAACAAAUAAUUUGCAAUUUAUGUGGACAGGAGGCACAUGCCUUUAAGGACUGCCCUGUCUCAUAUGCGAAUAUUGUUAAAGUAAAUAAGACUGAUAAAGUCAUAGCACUGUUGGAUGAAGAAUCAGAAGAGGAGAUGGAAGGGGAAGAAAGGCAGAGAGAGGAAAAACUAGGAGGUGAAAGGAGAACAAAUGGUAAAGAAGAUCCAGAAUCGACAACCGGAAAGAUGGAGGAAGAAAAAGAAGAGGUAAAGAGUUGUGGAGAGAGUGAUGUGUGGAAUUUUAUGGAAGACAAGACAGAAAAAGACAGUGCUGAAAGCAGGAUUGACCAGUAUUCGCAGGAUAUACUCUUCCACACGGAAGAAAUAAUGGAAAUAUUGAGUGGCACUGCAAGUGUAUGCCAAUCACCGGCAAAGGAGAUGGUAGAAAAUAUAGUGCAGGAGAAGAUGAGAGAAGAAAUGGGGGAAAUGAAAAUCAACCCCACGUUACAACGGAAACGGGGCCCUGACUUACUAUCUCCAGGAAAUUCUGGAAAGGUGGAAGAAAUGGAGAAAAUAUGCCAAGAAUGGGGAACAACACCAUCCUUUUUAGAAACUAAAGAUAUGGAAGGGUUCCUGUCCACAACAGGAAUGAAGGGAGUAGAGGAAUGGAAAGUAGAGAGAAAAGGCACAAAAAAAGCUAAGAAAAAUGCAGCGGGAGUAAAUAAGGGGAGAAUAGAAGGGGAGGUAGAAAAAAACACUGGGAAGAAAAAAUGAAAUUGAAAAUAGUAACAAUUAAUGUCAGAAGUAUCCAGAGGAAAGAGAGGAGAAGAAUUGUUUUUUCUUUUUUGAAAGAUAUUUCGGCAGAUGUUUUUUGUUUACAAGAAUGUAGUUUACCGGGCGAAAAAUCGUAUGAAAAGUAUGAAAAGGAUUGGAAAGAAGGUAAUUCAGUAUUUUCAGGAACGAAUGAAAA